AUGACUGACGAAGAAUUAUUGCGUUUGUUAGAAAAUUCAGAUGAUGAUUUUGGCUUAAGUUCUGGUACUGAUUUGGGGGAAGGGGAUUCUGGUGAUGAUGAUUUUGAUCCAGAAUGGUCACUUCCGAUAUCACAAACCAAUAAUACAGUACAACAAGAAGAGGAAAAUAUAUCAGAUGUACCUAUUAUUUCUUCAUCGAGUUAUACAUGGAGUAAUAGACCACCUAUAGUGACACAUAUCCCGUUUUCAAAAUCCAAAGGAUUGAAGGUUUUUCCGCAAGGAAAUGACCCUAUUGAUUAUUUUAAUCUAUUAUUUGAUGAUAGACUUUUCGAGUUAUUAGUUAACGAAACCAAUAAAUAUGCAGUUGAAGUUUUUUUAUCUGGAUCUGGGGGUCCAUCAUCUCGAAUUUCUACGCGGAAAGAUACAAAUAUACCCGAAAUGAAACUUUUUAUUGGUUUACUUUUUCACACUGGAACUAUAAGAGUCAAUCGUUUGGAAGAUUAUUGGAAGACAAGCGAGUUAUUCAACUUGAAUUUUUUUCGGCAAUAUAUGAGUAGAAAUCGUUUUAUAUUACUUUUGAGAAAUUUGCAUUUUACUGAAAGUGAAUAUGAUGUGAACAAUCGCCUGAAUAAAAUUGAACCGAUAGUAACAUAUUUCAAUAAUAAAAUGACAGAUGUUUAUGAACCUUCUGAAAAUUUAGCACUCGAUGAGUCAAUGGUUUUAUAUCGGGGUAGAUUAGUUUUCCGGCAAUACAUCAAAAAUAAGCGCCAUAAGUAUGGUAUCAAACUGUACAUGCUCACAGAAUCCGGUGGGUUAGUCCACAGAAUUAUGAUAUACUCUAGACAAGGAAAUGGUACGUCUGACGAUUUUACUUAUACAGAAUAUGUUGUCGUAAAAUUAAUGGAAGGACUUACUGGGUGUGGUCGAUCAUUGUAUAUGGACAAUUAUUACAAUAGUGUAAAGCUAGCUCACAUACUUCUAACAAAAGGAACAUAUUGUACAGGAACUUUGCGAGCCAAUAGAAAAAGAAACCCUAAAGAAAUAACUUUGAAAAAAUUAAAAGUAGGAGAAAGUGUUGGAAAGUAUACCAAGGAAGGCGUAUGUGUGAUGAAAUGGCGAGACAGACGAGAAGUUUUAGCUAUAAGCUCUGAGCACACUAAUGAUUUAGUUGAAGUUACUAACAGAAGAGGAGAUCAAAAAUUGAAACCUAAGGCAAUUUCUAUGUAUAACAAAUAUAUGUCGGGAAUUGAUAGACAAGACCAAAUGCUAUCAUACUACCCAUGCGAAAGAAAAACUAAGGAUGGCCAACACCUAACAACCAAAGUCUUUCAACUACAUCAUGACAUUGUAAAUAACGCUUUUGAAGAAUUUGUUGAAAACUCUCUAAUCUCUGCCCUUCCUCUCUACUUAGCACCAAAACCGUUUACGCCUGGUGAACUUCAACAUCACAUAAAUCUGUUUCCUCUCAAAAUAUCUCCUGGUCUAGACCUUAUUACAGCUGAAGGGCCACUCGACUAUGCACCAAAUACAUCACUUGACAGACUCAAUAGUAAACUCUCUGGAAAAAAAGAAUAUUGCUCAGCCAUCCUCCUCGACGUGGCCCAAGCAUUUGACAAGGUUUGGCAUCCUGGCCUUCUGUACAAAUUGAAAAACAUUUUACCCCCUCCUUACUACUUAUUCUUUAAAUCAUACAUCGAAGACCGCUACUUCACAACAAAGGUAGGGUUUGAAAUUUUGGCUUUAGCCCCAAUAGCAGCAGGAGUCUCCCAAGGUGCCAUUUCAUCUCCUAUCCUGUUCAUUUAUACUCGGCAUAAUUACAAAUUCUCCGUUCUAUGUUUCAAACCACACUCUGCACACGAACUUAAGAAUUAA